AGGCCGGAAGUGAUGUACGUGAGAGGGCGGGGCCGGGUGUAGGCCCCAAGCCUGGGGCUGGAGUUUGCGGCGAAGCGGCGGGCAGCCCCGGGGCGGUUGUGGCGCCGAUGUCCCGGUGCCCCCCGGAGGGCCCGGCCGUUCAGGCCUGGUCACGGAUCCCGGUGGUAGGGCCUCGGGCCCUGGAGGACGCGCUGUCCGUGUGGAGCCCCCUGUCCCCGGACCCGCUCCAGUCCCAGUCCCAGCUGCUGAGCUUCGUGGCCGGGCUCCGGGACGAGGGUUACCUGCCCACGGUGCUCCGGAGCCGGGACGUGUACGGCUACACCUCGUCAACCUGCCAGGUCCCGGCGGGGGCGGCCGCGGGGGCGAGCGCCGCGGGGGCGAGCCCGGGGGCGAGCGCGGGGCCCGCCGCCCCCGGCCCCGGCCCCGGUUACAGCCCGGCCCAGGGAGAGGCCUCCAGCCGGAAGAAGCCGCGGAGCAGGCCGCAGUGUAACGGCUGGCUGCGGCCUCCCGCCUCCGGGGUCCGGCUCGGGGAGAGUCCGGGGAGGAGGCCGCGGGGCCCGGACAGGAGGCCGCCCCGGCCCCGGGACCCGGACCCGGACCCGGACCCGGACAGGGACCGGGAGAGAGAGAGCGGCCGCCGGAUCCAGCAGCAGCUGCACUCCCUGAAGGCCCGGCCCAGGCCCAGGCCCAGGCCUAGGCCCAGGCCCCGGCCCCGCGCACAGGAAGACCCCAGUCACAGCCGGCGGCGGCGGCUGCAGCUGCUCCAGUCCAAGGUGAUCAAGGUGGAUGACUCGUCCUCGGAUGAAGAGGUUCGCAGGAAAGCUCAGAGAAUCCUCCGGGUCAACCUGUCCCCAGUGAUCAGGAUCAGCCCGAUCCCCUACCCACCCCGCUAGGGCAGGACACACACACACACACACACACAGACACUCACACACACACCCUCACACACACCCUC